ACCUCAGGGGAGUUGAAGUGACGUCUCUGUCCUGCCUGCAAUCUCCCUCCAUCCCCUCUCUCCCUCUCCCUCUCUCUCUCUUGUAUCACUUAAUCAAGACAUAGCUUGCCCUUUGCCGUUCAUUGCUGCCUCCCUCCCUCCCGUAUGCUCUGCUCCCGUAUUUGUUUGUCCUCGCUUUAUUCUCUUUGGCGCUUUCCCUUCCACCCUCCUGCCUCGUGGUCCUCAUCACCCUCCGUUUAAACAAGCUCCACACGAGUCCACAGCAAGACAACAAGCAAGGACAUGCAGAAGAGAGGUCAGUGAGGAGGAUGACAACAGAAGAAUAAAGGAUGGCGAAGGAGGGAUGAGAAAGAGACUGAAGUAAGAGGAGGAAGUAGAACUCUGAAGUGCCUACUGCGAGGGGUUGUCUGCUGCUGCUGUCUGACUUUGCUGGAUGAGAGCAGGACGGGGCUCAGUGUGUGUUUGGCCUUGAAUGGAGGCUACAUUUUAUCCAGACAGCCACAGAGUCAUCCAUCCCAUGUUGCUGAGCUGCAGUCCCCACAUACCCUGAGCUGGGCUGCCACCUCGUCUCAUCAGCGCAAGGAAACCAUCCCUAUAAGGUUCUGCUUUUUUGUUCUACAGAAAUCUUCCUUUUCAGGCUCUUGAAACAUAAUUAGCUCUACAGAGACUGCCAUAGCCUUGGCCAUGUUGACUUGAAUGUAACGGUGACUUAGGGUGGGUGUCAGUUGAUUCAGGUGAAGGCACAGAUGCUCAGCGACAUAUCCAAGCACUCUAGAGUGAUGUCCUCAGAGUAGUCUCUGUUUUUUCUCUUUUUUUUGAGACAGAGCUGGCCUCUGCUCACAACCAAGCCCCUCUAUCUCACCCCAGUGAAACCUCAGCUGCCACAUUUCCCAGGAAAAACUAAUAAACAUCCCCCAAAAUACUUCGACUAAAAGGACUCGCUGCCUGUUUGUGCUGAAGGAAAACUGAAUAUAUUUUUUGCUUCUGUUCUUCCUCUCUGUUUUGCUGGGGAUUCUUUUUCUUGCAUCACUAUUAGUCACCCUUGCACUCAUCAGACAGUUUUCCGUCCAUCUAUCCCCACCACUGUUCCGUGUUUGUGAGCGUCUCUGAUGGCUGUCAGCAUGACCAUGGGACGGGACACCAAAUGGCUGACCCUGGAAGUGUGUCGUGAGUUUCAGAGAGGUACCUGCUCAAGGUCUGAUGCAGAGUGCAAGUUUGCCCACCCUUCCCGGAGCUGCCAUGUGGAGAAUGGCCGAGUCAUCGCCUGCUUUGACUCACUGAAGGGGCGCUGCACACGUGAGAACUGUAAAUACCUGCACCCACCUCCUCACCUGAAAACCCAGCUGGAGAUUAACGGGAGGAACAACCUGAUCCAGCAGAAGGCCGCGGCAGCCAUGUUGGCUCAACAGAUGCAGUUCAUGCUGCCUGGAACACAGCUGCAGCCCAUAACAACAUUCCCGGUGACACCCUCCCUGGCAACGAGUCCCAGUAUGGCGUUCAGUCCAUAUCUGAGCCACAUGGGCCCAGGCAUGGGCUUGAUGCCUGAGCUGCUGCCCAGUACUCCCCUGCUGGUCCCUGGGAGUCCCACCAGCCUGGCAGCCAUGGGCAACGGCACCUCCGCACAAAAACAUGUGCGCACAGACAAGCUGGAGGUUUGUCGAGAAUUCCAGCGUGGUAACUGCACACGGGGUGAGAGCGACUGCCGCUACGCUCACCCCCUGGAGGCCGGCAUGGUGGACUGCAGCGAGAACUCCGUCAUCGUCUGCAUGGACUACAUCAAGGGCCGCUGCAGCCGAGACAAGUGCAAGUACUUCCAUCCUCCUGCUCACCUGCAGGCCAGGAUCAAGGCCGCACAGCACCAAGCCAGUCAAAACACAAUCACCAACACAGGCUUGGCUCUGCCUCCAGGGGUCAUGCAGCCGCUGCCAAAGAGGCCGAUCUUAGAGAAGAGCAACGGAGCCGCUGCCGCCGUCUUCAACCCCAGCAUGUUCCACUACCAGCAAGCCCUGGCUAACAUGCAGCUUCAGCAGCCAGCCUUUAUCCCCACUGGGCUUAUGAAAACCCCGGCCCCGCUGCCGGCGGAAGGCUGCUGGGAAAGGAGGGAGUGGAGCAGCUUCAGGCAAAACCCCAGCCGCUUCCUGUCAGUACCUGGAUUCAGUGUUCCCAUGAUGCACGGUGCCACCACCUCCACUGUUUCGUCGGCCUCGACCCCAGUCACCAAUGUUCCUUUCGCUGAAUCUGCCGCCUCGAAUCAGAUCCCUCGGAGCUUCUGACUUCUGAUCCAGUGGAGCUUCAGUGCGUUCCCAUGGAAACUCAUUUCUGUCCCAUCCCUAAAGUGCUGGUGGCGGCUCCAGUGGCGCUAAACUCAGUAAGCCUUUCCCGAAACCCCAGUUAAAGCCCCUGAAACAUGCGCAGUACCAGGGCGGUCAUCUUUCUGAAUGCAGCAAACAUGUGCCUCACCUACAGUGCACACUGACUGAGUGGCAAUGUGAAACUUCUUAUACGAUAUUAUGAAAGUAGGAAAGCUGCGAUGGUUCACGCAAUACAAGCCUGGACGUAUUACCGUUGCUUUAAAGCAGCCAUCCUGAUGCAUACUGACUUGAUCAGGCUGAGCAAUAGAGCUCCCUCGUUCUUACAGCCAUACAUGCCCACACCUUAAAAGUGCAGCAUACAUAUGCAUACAAACACACACACAAAUGCACACAUACAGAUUUGGGACUAAAAGCCCUUUAUGGGUUGGAGCCAUCAUAUGCGGCGACCCAAAACAUUUGACUGUUCCAAAGUCAGAAACUCUGAAAAGUUAAUUCUGGAAAUUCAGACCAUUUAAGUGGCACUUGCGGACCUGCCACUGGUCUACAAACAUUACGUGUUGUCAAAAUGAAAGAGUGUUUCAUAUCAUGUCAUGUUUACGUUUCAAGAUGGCUACAAAUGUAACAUUCGUGCUGUACCAUGUAUACCAUUCAGUUUGUUCUCAGUCUCAUCUUGCCUGAUGAAACGCCAUUGAGUUGUUGUUAAUUUGUUUGUGCCUUUGAUUUAUCAGCUCGGCUGCAGAGGAGACUUAGUUUCCCAAAAUAUUUCAAAACAUUUAACAGCAUACAUAGAAAGAUGUUGUUAUUUGCAAUUACAGGCCAUAUCUGUUGUUACAAAAAUACUGUGUAUUAGCCUAUAGUUCCUAUUGUAAGAAAAUCUAGUAAUUACAGUGAUCACAACUUUAUAUUGUUUCAUAAAUGUUAAGGAAAACAGUUGAAACAGUUUUUUGUCCCCCGGUGUCCAAGUCAGUAUCUGGUACUUACUAUAAUAAUAGCAGCAAAUGAGACAUUACUUUUCUCAUUACUUACUUUUAAUACAACCACCCAAAAAAUGGAAAGAAUGACAUAAAAUUAGGAUACAAUUGUUUCUGUACUAAAGAGGCUGAGAUUUUUCUUAAUGUGGCUCUUAAUUUCUGGAUUUAAGACACAAACUGCCUUAAAGCAGGUGAGUUCUCUGUGUGAAGGCUCAGCUCAAGUGAUUGAAACUGUUGAAUUUGAGUGAAGUAUCUUCAUCAUGACAUCUAAUCAGUGAUUCUUGCCUGCGCUGGGUAAUUGUCUAUUGACUGAAAAGGAAGGUUUGUUCGUCCCGUUUUCACCAUGAUUUCAUAGCCAAACAUGGUGUUAAAAAAAUGACAAUCUACCAGCGCAGUCAUGUUGACCUCCUAUUACAACAAUGAGUCCUGGCCUCAGUCACAAACCCAGAUUUCCUGUGUCCAACUUAGCUGAAAUCAAGACAAAAUGAUAUUUGUGAGGUUUGGAUCUAAGAGUACAGACUUUUAUCAUUGGCACUUGUUAAACUUUUACACCUGAUGUCAGAGAUGGAAGCUGGAUUUGUUUCCUGAUGUUGUGCCUAAAGUCUGUGUGUGCCAAGUGGUGGUAUAUGCAAGGAGCUUCCCCAUUUAAUGCAAUACCUGAAUAACUCCUCCUAAUAAAUGUCUCCCUCUUAAAUGCAGAUAUGUAUUUUAAAAAGGCAGUUCGUGUAAUUUUCUCCAUUAGUGGAGAAUCUUGGAUUGAAUGAGUGGCACAAGAUUUUUAUGUUUUAUGGCUCUUCAGGGAGAAAGCUUAGAACUUGAAAAUGUCCUGUCUGACUUUAAAAUGUGUCGUCUUUUCUACUGAUGUGUCCUUUUUGUCAAAAGUCGUCAGACUCUAAAUAUUGCAGCGACAGUUGUUAUAACCAGAACUGAGUUGUGGCAAAGUCAGGAGAUGGAGGAAUAAAUCACCCGUUUGAUGUCUGUUGGUAAAAAAAAUUACAAAUCAGUUGGAUUCCUGGUUUUCAAAUGUCUUUAAGGAAUUGCUCUGUAGGCGUGUAAAAUUGAACGUAACAGCUUUGGAAAUUGGGCUGAAAUAACUUUUAUCCAAAUUCAAAUGUGCCUCUUUCAAGUCUCCUCAAACCACAGCUGUCAAUACACUGUAAGAACAGACCAGUGCUCAAAGAUAGAUGUGUUAUUUGGUACAUUAUUAUAAUAGUAAAUCAUAUCUGUACUAGUUUCUUCUCUGAGACAGCUGUGCUGUCUUAUUGUUUAUGUAAAGUAAAUAAAUCAGUGAGUUGUGUGCAUAGUUAAGUGUGUUGAAAGAGACAAUGAAUCACAUAUUUGGUUAGUUGUAAAUGCUGCAGAUAUUACAACAUUUCCCACUGAACAUUAUUCAUUUUAAAUAAUGUCAUUGUGUCGUGAAUGUAUCUAAUGCAAAAACUCUAUACAUGCCCCUCUAAAAGACAGGCAUGUUGAAAUGUAAUGAUUCACUAUAUAUAGACUAAUUCUGAGGUCACACAGGUACCAUGCUGAUACUGUGUUAAGACAUAUUAAAGUAUGUGUAUUGUUAUAUAGAUUUAUAUUUAAUGUCAGUGGGUGGUGUGACUACUUUUAGAAAUAUCUUUCACUCUCAGAAAAGGUAUAGCUGAAUUGUACUUUUUGAAGUACAAAUGUACACCCUACAGGUACAUUACAGUACCCUUUCUUGCUAGUCAGUUUUUGUACCCCAACCUUUGAAAGUACCCAAAGUGCCCAAAAUGCACCGAACAAUGAUAUAAUCAUUGGGCAAAAUUGAGAAAAUUGUUUCUGCUAACUCCCACUGUUGGUCUUAGAGACUGCAUACAAAAGUAACAGUUAAGUAAGACCAUCCAGUAGGAGUUUCUAGUAUUGCAACAGGGAUGUAAUCCCUUACUGGCUUCCCACCCAUUAACACAUCUGUGUUCAAGGGGAAGUUGGAAACAACACUUCAGCUGAAUUGGUAUAAAUGUGUCCCUUAAAGAAACAGUAUGCUUAUUCGCUGUCUUUUGAAGUCGUAUGAGAAGUCGAAUAUUGCUCUCAUGUUUGUGUGUUAAAUAUAAAGCCAAUUAGCUUAACACAAAAACUAGAGGCAGGGGGAGGUAGCUAGCCUGGAUUUGUCUAACUCUGAAACUCAAUAAUUAACACAUCGUGUCUUGUUUCUUUUUUGUUUUUGUUUUUCAUCAGUACAGAAACAGAUAUGUAAAAACAAUUUGUAGUUUCAGUCAGAUCUACUACUUGGUGAACAACAGCUAGGCGCAAUGACAUUCUGGAAAUCUUGUUGUCACAGUGAGGUUGCCAGGCAACCAGCACAAGAGCCAGGAGCAGUGACAUUCCGGAAUCUUGUUGUCACAGUAAGGUUGCCAGGCAACCAGCACUAUAGCUAGAGACUUAAGUCCUGGGUGGUUGGAUAAUGAGCAAAUAGGCCAAUAGUAAUUUUUUAAGACCUAAACAAUCUUGCAAGAAUUGUGACCAAGAUUCAUAUAUAUGCGACAUUUACAGUUACAAAAUCAACUUGUCAACGCUCUCUAGUGGACAAACUAUGUAAUUUUUACACGGUCUCUAAAUGACUUUAAACCCAUUUCUGUAAUGCAGUUUCUUGCUACUUAUUGGCCAACAUAAUAUUAUUCCCCUCCCUUAUUUCCCUUGUGUCUAGUCUUCAUGGUUCGAGCUUCAUAAUACCAUACAGACAUGAGAGUGAUUUCAAUCUUCUCAUCUAACCCUCAAAAACAAAUGAAUAUGUGUAUUUUCUAAAAAAAAUAAAAUAAAAUUAAAAAAAAAUAGCUGAAGUAUUUAUUUAAACUAUCAUUUACUUUUUAUCUACAUGUGUAUCAAACAGUAUGUAGCCUGUUAUAUGCCUGGUGUCGUACAGCAAUGUACUUUUUGUUACAGAAAUACACUUCUCCUUUACCUCUGUUUUUCAGUGUGUUUAGCAGCUACAUACAAGUCUCUGAAGAAUUUGAAUGGUAAUGUUCCUCUCCUGCUUGAUGAAAUUGAUAAUUAGAAUGUCCAGACAAUUUGUCUAAAUUUUACAGCUUUGGAAGACUAGGUUUGUCCAGCCAAGAAAACCCCUCCCUCAAGCCUUCAUUUCUUCCCCCCAUCACAUCAUUAUGCCUUUACUAACUGCUGUCCAGCUGAAAAAAAACAGAAUACUUGAUUAAAAAAUGGUGCCUCUUGAGGGCAUUUGAACUUUAAAGUACACGUAGACGUAUGUAUUGAUGCACAAGAGUGUGUUAGUUAGGGGAUCUGCAGUGUGGCACGAGAAAAAUUACGUUUUACCUCUUUCCCUUUCUCAUUCUUUUGUAUUUUAUUUCCCUAUAUGCAAAAUGCUCUGAUCAUUGUGUCCAGUGAUCAGAUCCUUUAGCAUGUGGACAUUUAAUUAAGUCCUGAACAUACUUUUUCCGGGGCACAAAAAAAGGGCCUUAUCUCACGAUCACUGUAUAAAGAUGUGAUAGCUGUGUAUGAACAUGACAUGUAUUAAUGGUAAGUUAAGCUUUUUUUUUUUUUUUUUUUUAAAUCUGACUUAAAAAAAAAAAACAGCAUGAAAAAAAAAAAAACUCAUUUAUAUAUAGUUAAUAGUUUGUGUAGACCAACAAGAAAAAAAGAUAUAAUAUGAAAAUCAUUUGUAUACAAUGAUGGAGUCAUUGGUAAUAGUUGCUGUUGCUAUGGCAACAAAAUGACAACAUGGCUACCUUUCUAUUAUCCUAAUUGUGAAUUUUUUCACAUUAAUUGAAAUAACAUACAACACUAACUUAUUCAAGAAGGGAAUGUCUAAUUAGUUUGUCUUGUUAUUGCGACAUGAUUAAAUAUUUUGUAUGGAAAACUUAAAUCCUUGUAAUAUCCAAAGGUCCUUAGGGGAGAUCAGGUGUUUAUUUUGUUUUGUUUAUUUGACCUUAAUUAUUUUUUGUUCUUGUACAUGGUGUUUUUGAGAAAUAAGAAUGGACUUUGGCUUUUAAAGCAAACACCUAUCUGUCAGGGAGGUAAAGAGGCUUUUGGACUAAUUGAAAGAUCUUCAUCUUUUUUUAUAUAAAGUCAAACUAGUCAGCAAUGCUCACGGUUCACCUCCUGCCUGCAGACUGGAAGGCUUCGCUCAGUUGUCUCUGUAUGGAGGUUUGAGGUUUCAUUAGUGAGUUCUCUUUCUGUUUUGGCCAAGAAUGUGGUCCAGAAGUCUCUUCCUGCCCAGCUGUGCUGGGUGAUGUCGAUCCUUACUGAGGUGUAUAUGAAUGUGUGACGUUCACCUUGUUUGCACUUAUGUACAUAACUAUGUCAAAAUACUCAAAAUUUAUUUUGAAUAAAUAUAGAUAAAAGAGUUGAUUAAAAAUCAAAUCAAUGUAUUGUUAAUGAUAUGUCUAUCAUUUUAUUACAGUAUAAAAAGAUCGCUUUGAGGGAUCUGUUCUUUUGUUUGUUUGUUUUGCUAGAGCCCUGUUCUUCCCCAAGCAUGACAUUGCCUUGCUGUAAACCAUACCAAUAGUUUGCUUUAAAAAAGCUUUUUGAGUUUAUUUACAGCGGCAUUUUUGGUUCAAUAAUAUCUGAGCCUGACAUCUAGGAAUAGAGGUGGAUUUGAAGAAAUAGUCAGUCUGGAAUAUAUGUAAUAAACCAGUACUAACCUUGUCAUUAUAUGCUCAUCAUGAUUACACAAAUGCAGGUGCAUUCCUCUCUCCAGUAAUGCACCAAAAGCACAGGGUAGCUCCACCUGAAGGCUGCAAAACAGCCAGGAAAAAAAGAGGAGCAGAUAUAAAAAUCAGACUUUAGAGGGACAUAGAUGUAAGAUGUUUUCAGAAAGUUUUAAAUUCACUUUAAUUUCUGUCAUUUUGUGGAAUGAGUUAUUCUUUGCUCCCUUGUUGUCAUUAUCCAAAACAACAAUAAAUCUGAAUUCUCCUCAGGAUUUUAGUCAAAAUUGCAAACAACCUGGUUUUCCAAUGUUAUUCUUGCAGCAGCAGCAACAUCCUUACGCAACUGUGUUCCUGCAGAUUUGGACAUUUGAUGCUCUUCAAUUGCUCUCAAAGCCAGCAAUUUUGUUGCCAUGGCACUUGUCCUAGUGGUGGACUGACUGAGUCAUCCUGGUGAAUCGGUUCACAGCCCUCCGACUGUUGAAUAUUGACUUUAAAGUGUAUGUUCACAGAGAUGGAUCUCUGUACGACGUGUACCCAAAACUCACCAAAGCUUCUCUACUGUGACUCACCAGCUCCCAUAAUCACUGCAGUGUCAAUGUACAGAUGGGAAAAAGUACAUGUGAAGUUGUCUGAACAUGCUGUGGGUAUUCAGUCAACAAUAAGGGUGAUAGGAAAAGAUUGCAAUUUUGUUUUGAAAUGGAUUUUUUGUUUUGUUGUUUUUUUUUAAGUUAUUUUUUGUAAUAGUCACAUGACAGUGAGACAGGAAGGCCAGGGGGGAUGACAUGCAGCAAACAGCUGUGGGUUGGACUCGAACCCAUGGCCGCUGUGGUUAGGACUAAGCCUACGUGGCACUCUACCAGGUGAGCCACAGAGGCACCCCUGAAAUGGAUUUAUUGUUACCAUUAUUUCAAAACAGUUCAGUUGUGAUUGUGCCUUUAUCAUGCAAAAUGUAGUUUACUUUAUACAUUCUACAUGUGAAUUGACUUAAAACAGCACACGUGUAGAGUGUGUAUAAAACUUAUCCCUUUAUUUAAAAUCUUCUGUUGGUGAGUCGUUAUGACAUUGGGUACAGUCGCAGAUUGAGUGGCAACCUGUGGAAGGUGAUGAGGGCCAAAGACUGUUCAGGACUAAGCCAUAUGAAAAACUCUCUCUGACACUCUAGGACAGACUUGAAAGUGACUGUUGUUUCUUAGUCACCUAUCGCUUCACUCUGUUUUCUGCUUGUGGUGCUUGUAUGUGCUGCUGUGCUACAUGCCAAUUUAUUUUGCAGUGUAUCGCUAUUAAGAGUAAGUUACUGUGCCUAUGAUGAGUUCUGCGAUUUCUGUUUGACCUUUAAUAAAACACAUAAUUGUGA